ACUUCGUGAUUUAAAAGCAAUUAGAAAAAAAUUAAAAUGAAUUUAAAAUUUUUAUUAUUGCAAUUGGUUUUGAUUUGUGCUGCUUCAGCGUAUGAAAUAAUCAUUGAAAAGUUAGAACAAGUGCCGGGAAAAGACGGAGACGUAACAAAAUUGAAGUCAUUCGAAUUGAAAAACUUUAACGAAUCCACGAAAACCUUAAACGGUGUAAUGGAACUUUUGGAAGAUAUCGGCGAAGAAUUUGAUGCUGAAGGAACUGCUUACAAUUUUGCUGAUGGUAAAUACAAUAAAAUUGUAAGCAAGAAAAUUACAAACGUUUGCACGUUGUACGAAUACAAAAACGAAACGCUCAAAGAAUCGUACGAAGACAUUGAGAACUUUAUAACUCCACGUGUUGCAUGGAAGACUUGUCCAUAUCCAAAAGGAGUUUACGAACUUAAAGAUUAUGUUUGUGAAGAUAAAAGAAAUUUGCUUCCUAAAACUAUUCCAGGAGGUGAAAAUUGGAAAGUUGAAUUAAGAAUGAAAAGAAAGGAACAAGAUGUGGGUGGAUACGACGCUUACAUCACAGUUCGAAAGGAUUAAUGGAAUGUUUGUUUAAUCAUUUGCAAAUGUUGAUAACUUAAUAAAUAAAAUUGCGAGCAUAUUUGACACUUUUUUGGUUUGCCGGUAUUUAAACGUCAUAAUUUUCACUCAUUCCGAGAAUUAAAUAAACAAAAAUAAAUAAAUUAAUAAAUAUUUCAAUAACAUCAUCUUCAGAUUUCUCUCUUAAUCCUAACUUGUUAAUAUUGAUGAAAACU